AUGUCCUUUGACCCCUUUUUGUCAAACCCAUUACCGCCUUUCGAAGGCGGUUUCACUUCCUGGGAUUUCCCGGAAUCCGCCUUUGAUGAUUUCCCUCAACCGGUUCUUUCACCCGUUCAAGAACCAGAACCGGUUAUUUCAAACUCUGGUUCUGAGUCUGAUAACUCAAACUCGAACCCGACCCCGGCCCCGGCUAACUCAAACUCCGGUUCCGACGAACCAAGCCGGAAGAGAGCCAGACCCAUCUCCGAGUCCGGUAUGGACGACCCGAACCAGGACGAGCGCAAGCGCAGGCGCAUGAUCUCGAACCGCGAGUCGGCCCGGCGGUCGCGUAUGCGAAAACAAAAACACCUGGAGAACUUGAGGAACCAAGUGAACCGGCUGCGAGUAGAGAACCGUGAACUAAUGAACCGGUUCCGGUUUGUCUCCCACCACUCCCACCUCGUCCAGUCCGACAACGAACGCCUCCGCGCCGAGUCGACGCUGCUCCGGCAGAGACUCUGGGACAUUCGACAGGUCCUCCUCGUCCGACAACUCCAGCACCAGCUCUCUCUCUCUGCAUGGGGAUUCAAUAAUAACAACCACAACAACAACGUCGAACAAAGGCCACAAUCAUUAAUUACCAGAUGA